AUGUCAUUGAAGCUGUUCAUCUUCGUAUUCCUGCCCGCCUUUACCUUUGGGCAGUCCGCCCUUCAGCCUUACAACACCACGGCGUCCGUCAUGUUCGCGGCCGUGGACGGCAACGUGGACGGGUACAUUGACAUCAGGGAGCUGAACCAGAGUUUUGUGCAAUACGAUACAAACGGAGACAACCGAGUAACUCGUAACGAGUAUACCAACUACAUCAACGAGCACAGCCCCACACUGCACAGUCUCUCCCACGCUCUCUACGACAUCUACGACGUCGACGGCGACCACAACCUCGACCACCACGACUACGACAACUUCUUCCGUCUGAUGGACGGCAACGACGACGGCUUGAUAAGCAAGGACGAAUACGUCAGAUACUGGAGUAUACUGUUCACUGACCUGGAACAUCUCCACGGAUGAAAAAACAACAA